GGCCAUGUUGAAUUUUUCUCUUCGUUGGCGCAUGUUUAGCCGGACGGCCGGAAAGUGGUACUCUUUGACAGCUUUCAGUGAAUUUCACUAGUUGUGCCGUGUUACAGCGUUCAUCAUGGCUCCGAACAUAACGGUGAAAGUGCACCCCGUAGUACUUUUCUCCAUCGUUGACUCCUACGAGCGGAGAAAUGACGGCGCGGAGCGCGUCAUCGGCACCUUGCUCGGCUCUUAUGAGAAAGGAGGCGUAGAAGUGACAAACUGCUUCUGCGUGCCCCACAACGAGUCCCAGGACGAAGUCGCGGUCGACCUGGAGUUCGCCAAGAACAUGUUUGAAUUGCACAAGAAAGUGAACCCCGCCGAAGUGAUCGUCGGCUGGUACGCGACCGGCCCCGAUGUGACCAGCCACUCGGUUCUCAUCCACGACUACUACAGCCGUGAGGCUACUAGCCCCAUUCACUUGACACUGGACACUCUGAUGGCAGACAACAAGAUUACCAUCAAAGCGUACACGAGCACGCCUUUCGGAGUCCCAGGGAAGAAUGUGGGCACCAUGUUCACUCCAUGCAAAGUGGAGGUCGUCGGCUACGAGGCUGAGAUGGUGGGUCUCAAGCUGACUCAGGGCACAAAGCACAGCAAGCAGCGGAGCGUGGAGUGCGUGCCGGACUUCGACGCCGUGGGUCAGUCCUGCCGCGAGAUGCGCGAGUCGCUGGAAGUGGUCAUCAGUUACGUGGAUGACGUGCUCACGGGUAAAACGCCGCCAGACAACCACGUGGGGCGUAUGCUUCUCGACAUCAUCCAGAGCAUCCCUCAGAUGGAGAAUGACAAGUUCCAGAACAUGCUUAACAGCAACAUGAAGGACUUGCUUAUGGUUGUUUACCUUUCGCAGCUUACAAAGACCCAACUUGCGCUCAAUGAGAAGCUGAGCCUGCUUUAAAACCUUGGGACAGUUGGGUUAUUAAUUGUGAGCAAUUAUAUAAUAAAUACACGCAGAGUUGCUUGUCCCACCA